AUGGAUAUCAUGAAAGCUUAUGAUUCAGUGGAUUGGAAUGUUAUGCAAACUAUUCUUGUUGAAGUUGGCUUUCCUAGAAGGUUCAUAAAGUGGGUGAUGCUGGCGGUUACUUCUGUUUCGUACCAGUUCAACAUCAACGGUGUGAUAUCUAAAUCUAUGAAGGCAACUAGAGGCUCUUCUUCGCAACCGCCGACUGGCUUCCUUCUUCCUCUUUUUCUAAAGUUCUCCAACCGCACUUCAUUGAAUACCAUAAGAGAAUCUCUCGCAGUUACCGCCGCAAUCACACUUUAUCGAACGCCAGAAAACAAUCUCUCGCAGUUACCGGCGACACAUCCUUCUGUCACACCUCUUCUUUAUCGAAUCGCCCUUCGUGAUUCACAUGUCUGA